GUGGACAGCCAGAAGUAUGAGGUUCACAUAUAUUGUCUUGGGGAUGCAACAGAUAGCCAUGGAGAGAAAGUAACUACCGUCUUGUUGGAAGGGGGUGAGGAUCCCGUUGGAUAUGGACUCGAUGGUUGGGCAAGGGAUGCGUUUGGAAACAAGACGAUCCACCGUUAUUGCUAUUGGGAUAGACCUGGCAUGGGUUUCAGCGAAAACGCUCCCAGUCCUCUAUCGGCGGGCAUGGCUGUGGAUGCUUUUUCGGAGGCGCUCUCGAGGGCCGAUGAAACUGGACCCUGGAUCCUGGUUUCCCAUGGUGUUGGAGGGUAAUUGCCUCUUCUCUUUCGCUAUCGGAAUGAUUUCUAACUAACAGCUGAGUAGUAUCUAUUCCCGUAUCUUUGCCUCCCGCCACGCCACAGAGAUAAAGGGCUUGCUCCUAAUUGACACCCUUCCCGAGUCUCAGCUUGAGCGUAUAGCAUCUGCUGGCCGAGGCUUCGUUCUGUGGCUACGUGGAAUCCUGAGCCCCCUCGGAAUUGAUCGUUUGAUGGGAGCGAUUUUCAGAGGACGUUCACGCAAGGAUCGUGUGGUCGGCCGGUCUGCCCAUCAAAAUCCCAAACAGAUCAAAGCAAAACUUCAGGAAAACCUUGUAGCAACAACCCUAACGAGGAACGAAGCCGUUGCUGCACGCGCCAUCCUACCGAGAGAUAUCCCCCUUGUGGUCGCGAGCUCUGGGAAAGCUGUAAAGGCGGACAAAAGAUGGGAUGAUGGUCAGAGAGAGUUGACCGAGCUGACAGACAACUUGGUAGCCUGGGAUGUUGUGGACCAUUCGCCGCACAAAGUUUGGAAUGACCCCCAUGGGCGCGCGCUUCUGGAGAAGAGAGUGGGCGAGCUGGUGCACCGGAAAUAA